AUGACUUAUAUAUGCAAGGAUUGUCCAGUACCAGCCGUGGUUAAAGAUAGCCAUUGGGCCUGCUACACUCUUCGAUACGACCUCCACAACCCAUCCUAUUCGAACAUGCGUCUGAUAAUACGUGAAAACCCCAGCGCAGUCGGGGAUUAUAUUGCCAACUACAUCUGCAAACGGAUCAAUGACUUUGGCCCGACUCCUGAGCGACCCUUUGUCUUGGGACUUCCAACGGGCUCUUCACCUGUGCUGACUUACAGGUCGCUCAUUCGUCUCGUGAAGGAGGGGAAGCUUUCCUUCCAAAAUGUGGUCACAUUCAACAUGGAUGAAUACGUAGGCCUCCCUCGAGAUCAUCCCGAGUCGUACCACAGUUUCAUGUUUAGAGAAUUGUUCAGUCAAAUUGACAUCCCUCCGCACAACGUCAACAUGCUAAAUGGGAACGCCGAGGACCUCAUCGCGGAAUGCAACCGAUACGAACAGCGUAUCAAAGAUUACGGAGGCGUCGACCUCUUUUUCGCUGGAGUCGGUGAAGACGGACACAUCGCCUUCAAUGAACCCGGUUCUUCCCUGUCGUCUCGAACACGUAUCAAAACCCUCGCAUACGGUACCAUCCUCGCCAAUGCUCGUUUCUUCAACGACGACAUCGCCGCUGUCCCACACAUGGCCUUGACAGUCGGUGUUAAAACCGUACUUGAAAGUCGGGAGGUGGUCGUGAUUGGGACUGGACAACGCAAAGCCCUUGCAAUCGCCAAAGCUAUCGAGGACGGUGUGAAUCAUCUUUGGACUCUGUCCGCGCUUCAGAAUCACCCCUGGGCUCUGAUGGUCGUCGAUGAGGAUGCCACACUUGAAUUACACGUCAAGACCGUCAGGUACUUCAAAUCCAUCGAACGCGUUCAAGAAGAGGUGGAGAGGUCCCAAAUGGAGUUGAGGAAGAGGAAUGUGAACGGAUUGGUUGCCAAUGGCACGGUUAACGGGAUCGAAUUGGAUGGAGGGGCACAGGCUGCACAGCUGACUGCAGUCGCCGUGAAUUAGUUGCUAGUCUGGACCCCAGUGGAAUGUACAUCGCAAACUCGGUACUGAAAUCACAUGGAGGAGGAUUCGAUCA